AUGAGAAUAUAUUUUAUCACAUUAAUCUAUUUCUUUACAUUAUUAUUUUUAUUAACAAAAUGUAUUAAAAACAAGAACAGAAAUAAGAUAUCAAAUAUAAGCUGUACCUAUAACUUGUCAAGGAUAAAAAAUAGGCCUGUACUUACAACGGGUACUAAAAGGAGAAAGCUGAGGAAUUAUUUUUUUUUUUUAAACAACUACAGAAAAAUGAUAUCAUUAUGUAAUAAAAUAGAUAUAAAGAAAAGGUUCUUACUUCCUAAGUUUCAGGGGAAAUAUAAUCUGUACUGUACAACAAAAAAUGUUGAAAGGACGAGAAUUAAAGACCUAUUUAAAAUGGACGUAAAAGAAGCACAACAUAAAAAUUUUAAAAUUUGUGGUUGGAUAAAAUCAGUGAGAACAGUAGGAAAAAGUUAUUUUGUUUUUGUAGAUAUUAAUGAUGGUUCGUAUUAUAAAAAUUUACAAGUUAUUAUUGAUGAUAAAAUUCCGGACUAUGAAUAUAUUUUAAAAACGUCCACAGAUGAUGCCAUAGAAUGUUUUGGAGAGUUAAAAGGAUCCAUAGGAAAAAAACAAAAGGUAGAAUUGUGUGUAUACGAUAUUUCAAAGAAUCAUUAUAUAAAAUUAUUUAAACAAAUGAAUCAGGACACUGUAGAGGAAAAGGAAAAAAUAAAUGAUAGUGGAAAGGAAAAAGAUAAUCACAAUUUUAAAAGUAAUGAUCAUGUCAAUAAUUACAAUGAUAGUAAUAAUAAUAAUAAUAAUAAUAAUAAUGUCAAUAAUUACCAUGAUAGUAAUAAUAAUAAUAAUAAUCAUGUCAAUAAUUACCAUGAUAGUAAUAAUAAUAAUUAUAAUAAUAAUAAUCAUGUCAAUAAUUACCAUGAUAGUAAGAAUGAUCAUGCAAAUUAUUACCAUGAUAAUAAUAAUAUUAAUGAUAACAUUAUUUUUACAAAAAACUCAUCUGGCCAUAUAAAUGAAGAUAAUAAAACAAAGGGCGCCAAACACAAUAAAGAAGACUAUUAUGUGAUAUCCAAAAAAUAUCACACGAAACAAUAUUUAAGGAAUUAUCCACAUUUACGAGCAAGAACAAAAUUAUAUAGUAGCCUAUUUAGAUUAAAAUCAGAUAUAAUUUUUGAAACUUUUAAUUUUUUAAAAAAAAAAAAAAAUUAUACAUAUAUUAAUACACCCAUUUUAACAAGUAAUGAUUGUGAAGGAGCUGGGAAAUUAUUUUAUGCAACUACAUUAUUUGAUCAACAAAUAAAAAAUGAACAGAGAGAAGAAGAUCAUAUGAAAAAAGGAAUAACAAAUGAAAUAGCAGGUAAUAUAAAAGAAAAACGUUAUUAUCAAAAUGAACAUUUAGAAUAUAUAUCACGUCAUAAAAGUAUAUCGAAAAUUGAAGGUUUUGACGAAAUGUUAUUAAAAAAUGUAUCUAAUGAUUGUAUAUCACCUAACAAUACAGAAUCAUAUAAUAACUGUUUUGAAAACGAUUUUUUUAAAAAAGCAUGUUAUUUAAAUGUAUCUAGUCAAUUAUCUUUAGAAUGUUUAUGUUGUUCUAUAGGUGAUGUAUUCACUUUAAAUCCUUCAUUUAGAGCCGAGAAUUCAAAUACAUUUAGACAUUUAAGUGAAUUUCUUAUGCUAGAAGUAGAAUUAGCUUUUUCAAACUUGAAAGAUAUAAUAGACAUUUCAGAAGAAUAUAUUAAAGAAAUGAUUACUUAUGCUUUAUACAAAUCAGAAGAUGUAAAUUACUUGAAUGAAUAUCAUGAUAAAAAUUUAAAAAAUAAACUAGAAAAUAUAUUAAAUAAGAAAUUUGUUCUUAUAACAUAUGAUGAAGCAAUAAAUAUACUGAAAAAAGAAAAUAUUUUUUAUGAUUUCCAAUGGGGUAAAGAUUUUUCAUUUGAAGAACAAAAAUACCUAGCCACAAACUAUUUUAAAGCCCCUGUUGUUAUAAUCAAUUACCCAACUCAUAUAAAACCAUUUUAUAUGAAAUUAAAUGAAGAUGAAAAAACUGUCUCUUGUAUGGAUAUUAUUUUUCCAGAUGUUGGAGAAGUUGUAGGAGGGUCUGAAAGAGAAAUUAAUUUGAAGAAUUUAAAAAAACAAAUGGAAAAUAAAAAGUUAAAUAUGAAAUUAUAUGAUCCUUAUAUACAACUUAGAAAACAUGGAAAUAUACCUCAUGCUGGUUUUGGCAUAGGUAUGGAUAGAUUGAUCAUGUUCCUUUCAUCAAUAAAUAAUAUAAGAGAUGUCGUAACCUUCCCAAGAUAUCCAGGUUCACUUUUUAUGUAA